AGCCAUCGACAGAGUCAACAUGAGUCCUGGACUCGGACACGAUCCCCUCCCCUCGUACAACAUCACAGCAAUAGGCAACACGGCACUAUGCUUGUGGCAGCAACCGCAACACAUACUGUUCCAACUGGCGAACUUUUGUUUCAUGCUGUCGUACUCGGCGCCAUCCUCGAGAAAAGGGAUACUGUUUAUGCACUCCGUCCUUAUCAUUGGAUUCAUGUUGUUGUCUGGCUGGGCUUGGCACGUCAUAUGUGCACCAGAUAUAUUCUCCUGGAACUUCAGUUUCUUGGUGCUGAACAUUGGACAGUUGGUGUACAUAGUCUAUCAAAUGAGACCUGUUCGAUUCGAUCCUGAAUUAGAGGAGGCAUACCACACUCUUUUCUACCCGUUUAAAGUGUCCCGAUUGCAAUUUAAAAGACUGGUGUCCCCGGAAUUUGCUUCGAUAAUGUCACUACAUGCUGGCGAGGCAUAUGCAAUGCAAAACUUGACUCGAACCGACAGAUUGGGAUUGUUGCUCAGCGGCAAGGUGAACGUUCUCAGCGAUUCCAAUUUUUUGCAUCCUAUACUGCCCUGUGAGUUUUUGGACUCGCCAGAAUUCGAAAGUUCUAGAGCCUCCGUCGACGAUAAAUUUAAAGUAUCGAUUGUUGCGGCAAGCUCAUGCAGAUAUUUGUAUUGGCAGAGAACUGCAUUGGAGUAUCUUCUUGUCAAGGAGGCAUAUCUUGCUACAGUUUUAACGACACUGGUCGCGAGGGACAUAGCCACCAAAUUGUAUGCUAUGAAUAAUAAGAUUGUUACAGACAAAGGAUCGCAUCUUGAUAUCAGACUUCCCACCAUUAGCGCAGGAUUAAGUAUAAGCGGCGAAUACAGGAGUCCGAGGACAUCCAGACAAGCACUGAUUCGUAGAAAAGAGUCCUCCUUGUCCUCUGACAAUGUGUCCACGAAUUUGAAGGACCGUCCAGUGAACAAUCUGUCAAAGAAAGGAGCACCGAACAUGGAACCUCUACCGGAAAUGCCCUCUUGCGACGAUUUGGCUUCCAGUGGCGUCGAAAGCUGGCUGGACUCCUCCAGCAAGUACCACAGCUGUGAAAUAGUGGACGAAGAAUAGCAGGAGGCCUCGUUAACGCCUGACACUUUUUACGAAAGUGAUAGCGACUAGUGUCGACGUUUACAAUAUGCUUUCGCAUAUUUAAUAAUAAGACUCUAAUGUUUUUAACUCGGACUUCAAUCCUUAAAGGUUACCUGGAUGCUUGUGACGAAAGACUUAACGAUGACUGGAACCUAAUACUUUGUGGAUGUUCAUAGUUUAGUGAUUCUGAAUGAUGAAAAAAUCGUCACCUGUGUCGAUUAUAGUGACGCAGAGAAAUUUAGAUCGUAUCCUGAUCCAUGGGAGAACAUUGAAAGGUGCUAGAAACUCGAAAUUGACAGUAGUUGGUGCUUUUGUUGUUGGGUGGAUAUAAAUUGUAUAGAUGCAAAUACUUUUCCAAAGAGUGUGUGAGAAAGUCUACGUCGAUUGUUAUUUAUAAAAUAUCGACGGUAUUGUUCCCGUAUUGUUAUACACGAUUUCCUUUCGAGUUUAAGGUUUUUAUACUAGUCAUGCGGGGUGCUCGAUUGUUUUAAUUAUUAGGUAUAAUUUGUGGCUGUUGUAGGAAAAACUGAG